GCCUCCUUCCCCGUCGCGGUAGCUUUGACAGGGCGCGAUGGCGGCGGCCGGGUCUGCAGGGUUGCCGGCAACCGUGUCGGAAAAGCAGGAGUUUUACCAGCUUCUGAAGAACCUGAUCAAUCCCAGCUGUAUGGUGCGGAGGGAAGCCGAGGAAGUCUAUGAGAAUAUCCCAGGUCUGGGUAAGACUACAUUCCUCUUAGACGCCGUCCGUAAUAGAAGAGCAGGUUAUGAGGUGAGACAAAUGGCUGCCGCACUGCUACGACGGCUUUUGUCCUCUGGGUUUGAGGAGGUCUAUCCAAAUCUGCCUUCUGAUGUGCAGAGGGAUGUCAAGAUUGAGCUGAUACUGGCCGUUAAGUUAGAAACACAUGCUAGCAUGAGGAAAAAGCUUUGCGAUAUUUUUGCGGUGCUGGCCAGGAAUUUGAUAGAUGAGGAUGGCACUAACCAUUGGCCAGAAGGUCUGAAAUUCCUCAUUGAUUCGAUUCACUCUAAAAAUGUGGUUCUGUGGGAAGUUGCACUUCACGUUUUCUGGCACUUUCCCGGGAUUUUUGGGAACCAAGAUCGCCACGAUUUGGAUAUCAUCAAGAGGUUGCUGGACCAGUGUAUUCAAGAUCAAGAGCAUCCAGCAAUCAGGACAUUAUCUGCUAGAGCUGCAGCUGCCUUUGUCCUUGCCAAUGAAAACAAUAUUGCGCUUUUCAAAGACUUCGCAGACCUGCUUCCUGGCAUCUUACAGGCUGUGAAUGAUUCCUGCUACCAGGAUGAUGAUUCGGUGCUUGAGUCCCUUGUUGAGAUUGCGGACACGGUGCCUAAGUAUUUGGGUCCCUAUUUAGAAGAUACUCUACAGUUGAGCCUGAAGUUAUGCGGAGACUCUAGGCUUAGUAACCUGCAACGCCAGCUGGCUCUGGAAGUAAUAGUGACCUUAUCCGAAACGGCAACGCCGAUGUUGAAAAAACAUACGAAUAUUAUUGCCCAGGCUGUGCCUCAUAUAUUAGCGAUGAUGGUUGAUCUGCAAGACGAUGAGGACUGGGUAAAUGCUGAUGAGAUGGAAGAAGAUGAUUUUGACAGCAAUGCCGUUGCUGCCGAGAGUGCACUAGACAGACUGGCUUGUGGACUUGGUGGAAAAGUUGUUUUGCCCAUGACCAAGGAGCAUAUCAUGCAGAUGCUUCAGAGCCAUGACUGGAAAUGUCGCCAUGCUGGAUUAAUGGCCUUAUCGGCCAUUGGAGAAGGUUGCCAUCAGCAAAUGGAACCAAUUCUAGAUGAAACAGUUAACUCGGUUUUGCUUUUUCUUCAGGAUCCUCAUCCAAGGGUGAGGGCUGCUGCCUGCACCACGCUUGGACAGAUGGCUACCGAUUUUGCACCUAGCUUCCAAAAGAAAUUCCAUGAAAUAGUGAUUCCAGCUUUGCUGCGAACCAUGGAAAAUCAAGGUAAUCAGCGUGUGCAGUCUCAUGCGGCUUCUGCUCUUGUUAUUUUUAUUGAAGACUGCCCCAAGUCAUUGCUAGUUCUGUAUUUGGAAAAUAUGGUAAAAAGUCUCCAUUCCAUCUUGGUUAUUAAACUGCAAGAGCUGAUUCGGAAUGGAACUAAGUUGGCCUUAGAACAGCUUGUGACAACCAUUGCUUCAGUUGCAGAUGCAAUAGAGGAAAGCUUUGUGCCAUAUUAUGAUUUAUUUAUGCCCUCCCUCACACACGUUGUUGAGCUCGCGGUUCAAAAGGAACUCAAGCUUCUUCGAGGAAAAACUAUUGAGUGCAUUAGCCAUGUGGGUCUUGCCGUGGGGAAGGAAAAAUUUCUGCAGGAUGCAUCGAAUGUGAUGCAGUUACUGCUGAAGACACAGUCAGACUUAAAUGCUAUGGAAGACGACGACCCUCAAACCUCCUACAUGGUGUCAGCCUGGGCUCGAAUGUGUAAAAUUCUUGGGAAAGACUUUGAGCAGUAUCUUCCCCUGGUGAUCGAGCCCCUUAUUAAGACUGCCUCAGCUAAACCUGAUGUCGCUCUCCUGGACACCCAAGAUGUGGAGAACAUGAGUGAUGAUGAUGGCUGGCAGUUUGUAAAUCUUGGGGACCAGCAAAGCUUUGGAAUUAAGACCUCAGGACUCGAGGCAAAAGCAACUGCUUGCCAGAUGUUGGUUUACUAUGCUAAGGAGUUAAAAGAAGGGUUUGUGGAGUAUACGGAACAAGUUGUGAAGCUGAUGGUUCCUUUGCUGAAGUUUUAUUUUCACGACAAUGUUCGGGUGGCGGCUGCAGAAGCCAUGCCCUUCCUCCUGGAAUGUGCAAGGAUCCGGGGCUCGGAGUACCUUUCACAGAUGUGGCAGCUGAUAUGUGACCCCUUAAUCAAGGCCAUUGGAACUGAACCUGACACAGAUGUACUCUCAGAAAUAAUGAACUCUUUUGCAAAGUCCAUCGAGGUGAUGGGAGACGGUUGUCUUAAUGAUGAACACUUGGAGGAGCUGGGAGGCAUUUUGAAGGCAAAGCUUGAAGGGCACUUUAAGAACCAGGAGUUGCGGCAGGUGAAAAGGCAGGAAGAAAAUUACGACCAGCAGGUCGAGAUGUCGCUUCAAGAUGAGGAUGAGUGUGACGUGUAUAUCCUGACCAAAGUGUCGGAUAUCCUGCACUCACUUUUUAGCACUUAUAGGGAGAAGAUUCUGCCGUGGUUUGAGCAGCUCCUUCCGUUGAUUGUGAAUCUCAUUUGUUCAAGUAGGCCGUGGCCAGACAGACAGUGGGGACUGUGCAUAUUUGAUGAUAUCAUCGAGCACUGCAGCCCAACCUCGUUCAAAUAUGUGGAGUAUUUUCGGUGGCCAAUGCUGCUCAAUAUGCGAGAUACCAACCCCGAAGUCAGGCAAGCUGCCGCCUAUGGAUUGGGUGUGAUGGCACAGUUCGGUGGAGACGAUUAUCGUUCUUUAUGUUCAGAAGCUGUUCCGCUGUUGGUAAAGGUCAUUAAGUGUGCAAAUUCCAAAACCAAAAAAAACGUCAUUGCCACCGAGAACUGUAUCUCGGCAAUAGGGAAGAUUAUGAAGUUCAAGCCCAACUGUGUAAACGUAGAUGAGGUUCUCCCACACUGGCUGUCAUGGCUUCCGCUGCAUGAAGAUAAAGAGGAAGCUAUUCAGACUUUGAAUUUUCUUUGUGACCUGAUUGAAAGUAACCACCCGGUUGUGAUUGGUCCCAAUAAUUCCAAUCUUCCCAAAAUCAUCAGUAUAAUUGCAGAAGGGAAAAUUAAUGAGACUAUUAGCCAUGAAGACCCCUGUGCCAAACGCCUAGCUAACGUUGUUCGGCAGAUACAGACUUCUGAAGAAUUAUGGCUGCAAUGUAUAUCCCACCUCGAUGAAGACCAGCAGGAAGCUUUACAAGAAUUGCUCAAUUUUGCCUGAAGUACUUCACUGUCACUUGAGUAUCAGCUAUCAUACAACUACAAAGUGCUGUGAGUGGAGCCGUCCGCUACACACGAGAGACACCACUUCUCUCUGCUGAGCAGUUCAUACUUCCGUGUCUCCCCAGGAUAGUGUUAAGGUCUUCUGUUUAUUUUGCAUGUGUCAUCUCUUAAAGGAACUGUGGUUGUAACUCGUGCUUCCAGUUGCCUUAAAGUUAUUUGUCACGUCCCCUAUUUAGUGUGAAAUGUAUAACUCAUUGCUGUUUGUCUGAACUGUUGCUGCUGGGUAAACGGUAUACGCGGUUCUAGAUGUCUGUGACAUCUUGUAAAGCACUCACGAAGGAAGGGAAACUUCCAGGGUGAGCAUCUGUGGAGUUGAGGGUGGAGUACGUUGGCAGACUCACUCUUCCUUGGUAAUACUUCUGUUCGUUAUGGUAAUGGAAGGUUGCUAGAAUGGAAAGAGUUUCAAGGUACUACAGUGGAUGUAGGAGGUUUUUUUCUAUAAUAUAAAUGAACUUUUCAUAUAGAGCUCUUAUAAAGUGGUUGGGGCAUGACUAAAUUCCAGUUCCCAAGGUGUUCAGCUGAGAGUUAUAAGAACCAAAUUGGUCUUAAAAAUUUGUCAACUGAAACAUCCUUGGGUGUGGAGAAGGAAGUGCUGGUACAGUUCAUCCUGUAAGCACGUGACAGGCCAUGACAGAGCUUAGUAAAGAAUCAGUAGUCAGUGUUUGUGGGUGUCAGUUAUUGUUGCAUGUUUAGCAGAGUAUUGCUUUGUGUUUGUGUGUAUUAUCCCCCUACCCUCACCCCAAACGAGGAACCCUUCCUUUCAGGAUGGGGCUUAAAUAGAUUUCUGUUUUGAAGCAGUUCCUGACAGAUUCUACAGAAACAAUGAAACAAACUUAAUUUUAUCUUUAAACAUUAAAAAGAAAAGAGCUUUAAGAUUAGUCAUAUAUCAGUGUAUUGUUCUAUAACAACUCUAUGAAUUUAGGGUCAGUUAUAUGAGUUGAAAUGUCUUAUUGCUGAAGGUGUUUUGUAGAGUAGAAAAAAGUUUCUACUUAGCAAAACUUCAUUCAAAACUCACAAGCAAGAAUGUCUAUUGUGACUCCCUGAGCCUGUUGUGAGUGCUGUGUGUGUAACAGCAAAUAUGUCAGACCCAGUAAGUGUUCAAUAAAUUGUCAGUGUUACUACCAUUGGUUGUUUUUCUGCUGUGUUCUUUAUACUUCAGAAUUUGGUUUAUACAAAAUCUCUCCCCUACUAGGUCUAUCUAGACUACUGUGGACAGGAAUAUAAAGCUUUUUUAAAAAAUAUUUUUAGGAUUUUUAGAUAGUUCAGAAUUUGAUAUUUGGUAUGGUUACAAGUAUAUUUAAAAUAAGUAGAAAAAAGCUACGUUGAUGUUGAAUAGUUUUCUCUGGGUGGUGGGAUUAAAUGGCAACUUCUCCUCUUGUCUAUUAUUUACCUACAAAGAAUGCAUUUUCAUCAACUGUUUUGUAGCCUUCAAGGACCUGGUUUGCUAUCAUCUUGACCCCUUCACGAACUGGAGUUAAGGCUCCUUUUACUCAUCUAUAACCCUUUCCCCUUAUGUGACUUCAGAAAUCGCUUAUCAAUGUGUUGUUUGUAAUUUAUACAGUCUUGUGAAACUCUGGCAAAUGAUUUGUAAUUGGGUACUUGAAGUUUUGAAGUAAGGGAGUUUUUCAAUUUGAAUCUUGACAAACAAUUUUCCCAAGUGUUUGUUUCCCCAUCUGCAAGAUAAGAAUAACACGUAGCUUAUGUGAUUGUUGUAAGAAUCAAAGGCGAUAAUGAAUAUAAGUGCUGAGCAACACAGGGGUCAAUAAACGAAAGCUAUUGUGUGAGAAUUUUGAAAUAGAUCUCGUGGCUAAAAGGGAGUGGGCAUUUGCUUGAGUUUGGUAGGCUUUAGAUUCUUCGGUUUUGUCAAAGGAGACAAAGGAAGCCCAACCAGACAUAUUUGCCAGUUCAUGAGCUAUGUCUGACAGAGAGGAAAUCAAAUACCAGAUGGGUGCAUGCAUGUGUGUAAGUCUGUGCAUGUGUCUGUACUCCACGAAUUCAUGUUCCUUUUUCACUAUUUUUACCUACAACUAUUAUUUAACUUAUUGAGUCUCCCCACACAAAAAAGGUUUUAAGGCAUUGCAUUUUACCAGUCCUUUUGUUUAUACAAAAGUAAACAAUCUUGAAGGUGAGACUAUCUCAGUUAAAAAUUUCAUGUUCAAAUUGCAUUUCUAUAGUUUUGGUUUGAUAUAUCAUUUCAAGUUUCAAGCAAGUAAGUGAAUAUUAUGUGCAUUAGAAAACAGUAAUAUCUUUUAUAUCUAAUAUCUCAUUUCCCCCUUAUUUUAUGCAGUAUGUUAACUUGUGAAUGAUGAGUCGUCCACAUUUUAGUCAUUUAUGAAUAAAUAUGUAGCGAGAUUGUUAAAGCUACACCAAUGACAAGCUGUACAGCUUAGUUUGAGUAGAAAUGUUUGGAGACAUUUGAGCGAGAUUGCAUUUCCAUAAUUGUUAGCUAAACUUAAGAAUCCAGGUGUUUUCCGUUUUUGAAAUAUCAAUAGAAAACAGGAUUUGGUUUACAAAUAUGUUUUAAAAAGUGUUAACUUGGAGCUGGAGUUUCGAGUACUAAAGUUCUACAAUCCUCCAAUCUUCUUUUGCGCAGUGCUUAGACUUUCCUUUCUGAUUUUUCCUAACCGCUAGUUUUAUGUAAAGAAACCUGCAAGUCACAGGGAGGAGGGGAUUUACUUUUACGAGGGAGAGGAUUUACUUUUGUGUGUUCUC